CUGAACACUUGGCCUUGGUUACGUGUAGGGCGCGUUGCGCAGAAGGAUGUGCCGUCGGUCGGAAAUAUUGUAGCGGAAUUCUGGAAGUCUUACAAAUCAACCACGCCGAGGAGAAUACAACUUUUAGACGCGUAUUUAGCAUACAUUCUGUUUACGGGACUCAUCCAGUUUGUUUAUUGCUGUAUUGUUGGCACGUUUCCAUUCAACGCGUUUCUCUCCGGGUUUAUUUCUUGUGUAGCUUCGUUUGUUCUCGGAGUUUGCCUUAGAAUGCACUCGAAUCCCCAAAACAAACAACUUUUUACUCCUUUUUGUCCCGAGAGUGCUUUUGGUGAUUUUAUUAUUGCUCAUGUGAUACUUCACCUGGUCGUUUUCAAUUUUCUGGGAUAA